AUGGAUAACUAUAAAAUUGCCGUUUUAGGUGAAUGUGGAGUUGGUAAAACUUUGUUACUAAACAAUUUUACAGAUAAUCCCAGUGAUGAUUCUGAUGAUUAUCAGAAAAUAGAAAACGACUUUCCAAUGAAAAUAGUGUCUUACAAAGACGAAGAAAUUGUAUUAUCUUUCAUCGAAACUUCAUACGACAAAUAUCCCUCCAUGCAUGAAACAAAUAUCAACCAAACUGAUUCAUUUGUUCUAAUAUUUUCAAUAACUUCUCGAAAGUCUUUUGAACAGAUUCCGACAUUAAGAAAUGAUAUUUUAAGAGUAAAAACCCUUCUUACCAACGAAAAAUUAACUUUAGUAUUAUGUGGAAAUAAAAGUGACUUAGAACAUAUGAGAGAGGUGACCACAAAAGAAGGUCUUCAAAUGGCCGAUAAAUUUGGUUGCGUUUUCUAUGAAAUUUCAGCAAAAAACAACACCAACAUUGAUGAGAUGUUUAACGCUUUAAUAAAUGAAGCUUUCAACAACAAAGUUAAUAAGAUUCAAAAUCAAUAUGAAAUUACAUAUAAAAAUACAAAGGAAGAUUAUAAAAACAACGACAGAUUUAUUUAUACUCCAACUAUACUCCAAGAAAAACCCGUAAAGAAAUAUUUAGACGAUUAUGAAGAGGAAUAUGAAGAAGAUAAAAUUCAAAUAAAAAAUUAUGAAAAUAUAGAAAAUUUAGAAAAUGAAAAUGAAAAUCAAAGCGAUGAAAUAACAGAGAAAAGGAAAUUAAAUAAAUGUUUAAUAACUUAA